GGGAGGAGAGGAAAUCCUCGGGGAGGUUCCUCCCCGAACGGCGGCAGCCUGGCAGGGCCCGAGAGCUGCCCGCGGUGGGGAGGGGAUAGCGGGGCGGACCCGGAGGACAUGGAGGGCGAGGAGGCCCCGUCAUGGCGGGGUCCCGGCGGGGCCGUGCGGGAGCUCUGCCGCUCCUUCGGCCACUACAACCGGCACCUGGCGCGGCUGCAGCACAACCUGCGAGAGACCAAGAGGUUCUUCCGCGACGUCAAGUUCUCCCAGGGACAUCCCUUCGCCUCGGCGCCUGCCGGUGACGGCCCCCGCCCCGCCUGGGAUGGGGAUGGGGGUCCCGGGGACGGCGGCCCCAGCCCCGUCUCGUUCCCGCGGCACGAGGAGGAGCAGCUGCAGCGCUCGGUGAGCUGGAGGCCAUGCCUGCUGAUCCUGGGCCAGAACUGCCGCGCCAAGGGCCGCCUGCUGAACACGCUGCUGGGCCAGGAGCUGCUGCCCACCCCUGGGACUGGCACCAAGGAGCUGCUGCCCACGGCUGGCACCACAGAGCUGCUGCCCACCCCUGGGACUGGUACCAAGGAGCUGCUGCCCAGCCCUGGCGCUGGCACCAAGGAGCUGCUGCCUGCUGCUGGGGCUGUCACCGAGGAACUGCUGCCCACCCCUGGGGCUGUCACCAAGGAUCUGCUGCCUGGUGCUGGCACUGCAGAGCUGCUGCCCACCCUUGGGACUGGCACUGAGGAGCUGCUGCCCGGGACUGGCACCGAGGAGCUGCUGCCCACCCCUGGGGCUGGCACGGGCACCGAGGAGCUGCUGCCCACCCCUGGGACUGGCACGGGCACCGAGGAGCGCUGCCGGCGCCGCCGAGUGCGCUUCACGCAUGGGGCGCGGCCGCGGCUGAGCCUGGCGCUGCCCGGGCAGUACGAGCUGGUGCAGGCGCUGGUGGCACACAGCGGGCACUGGGACACCAUCCCCGAGCAGGACCUGCAGGUGCCCGGGGACGCCGAGGAUCCUGCGCAGAGGGUGGCCGAGCUGGAGGUGGUGCUGCCCUGCGCGCUGCUCAAGGAAGUGGAUAUCGUGGUGGCUCCAUGCCGAAGCUUCCAGUCAGCUGAGGCCACCCUGGCCGAGUUUGUGAACCAGGUGCUGCCCGUUGUCACCUUCGCCAUCAGCGAGCCCCAGCUGUCCCCAUCGGACCAGGCAGAACUUCGGGAAAUCAAACAAAAGUUCUCCCUCCCCAUCUUCUUCCUGCGAAUCCCCGAGGCCAGCAGCGAGCUGAGCUCUCCCAAAACCCCCACCAAGGACAAAUCCCCGCUGCACCUGCAGCUGCUGGAUCUGGAAUACCUGAGCCCCUCCAGCCCCUGCGGCUGCGGCGUUCCCGGCUCCUCCAUGCUGGUGGAGCAGCUGGAGAAGCUGCGGCUGCUGAGCUCCUUCUCCAGGCAGGUGCUGCAGCAGCACCUGGUGGAGGCAGCCACGAGGCUGAGCGAGGUUCACGGGCGCUGCCUCAACAUCUUCAUCAACCAGGCCUUCGACAUGCAGCGGGACCUGCAGAUCACCCCGAAAAGGUUGGAGUACACGCGCAGGAAGGAGAACGAGCUCUACGAGUCGCUGAUGGGCAUCGCCAACCGCAAGCAGGAGGAGAUGAAGGAGAUGAUCGUGGACACCCUGGGCAAUAUGAAGGAGGAGCUGCUGGAGGAUGCUGCCAGCAUGGAGUUCCGAGACAUCAUCAUUCCCGAGAGCGGCGAGCCCGUCAGCUCCAAGGACAUCAAGCGCUGCAUCCAGCAGAUCCAGGAGCUGAUCAUCUCCAGGCUGAACCAGGCUGUGGCCAACAAACUGAUCAGCUCCGUGGAUUACCUGAGGGAGAGCUUCGUGGGCACCCUGGAGCGCUGCCUCAAGAGCCUGGAGGAGUCCUGGGAGGGCUCCGUGCACCCGCCCCGGGGGCUGGAGAAACCCCGGGAGGGCUCCGUGCACAUCACCAGCAACUAUCUCAAACAGAUAAUCCAGCGGAUCACGUGGGUCAGCCCCCCGGCCAUCACCAGCGACUGGAAGAGGAAGGUGGCCCAGGACGCCAUCGAGAGCCUCAGCGCCUCCAAGCUGGCCAAGAGCAUCUGCAGCCAGUUCCGCACGCGCCUCAACAGCUCCCACGAGGCCUUCGCCGCCUCCCUGCGCCAGCUGGAGGACGGCCACUCGGGCCGGCUGGAGAGGACCGAGGACCUGUGGCUGCGCGUCAGGAAGGAGCACGCGCCGCGGCUGGCCCGGCUCUCCCUGGAGAGCAGAUCCCUGCAGGACGUGCUGCUGCACGGGAAGCCCAAGCUGGGCAGGGAGCUGGGCCGAGGCCAGUACGGGGUGGUGUACCUGUGUGACAGCUGGGGGGGACACUUCCCCUGCGCCCUCAAAUCCGUGGUCCCUCCGGAUGAGAAGCACUGGAACGACCUGGCACUGGAAUUUCACUACAUGAGGUCCCUGCAGUCCCACGAGAGGCUGGUGCACCUGCACGGCUCCGUCAUUGAUUAUGGCUAUGGAGGAGGCUCCAGCAUUGCUGUGCUGCUGAUCAUGGAGAGGCUGCACAGGGACCUCUACACGGGGCUGAAGGCUGGGCUGGAGCUGGAGCCACGGUUGCAGAUUGCGUUGGACGUGGUGGAAGGGAUCCGGUACCUGCACAGCCAGGGCUUGGUGCACAGGGAUAUCAAACUCAAAAACGUCCUGCUGGACAAAAAGAACAGGGCCAAAAUCACAGAUUUGGGGUUCUGCAAACCCGAGGCGAUGAUGUCUGGCAGCAUCGUGGGCACCCCCAUCCACAUGGCUCCCGAGCUCUUCACAGGGAAAUACGACAAUUCCGUGGAUGUUUAUGCCUUUGGGAUCCUGUUCUGGUACCUCUGCUCGGGCCAUGUGAAGUUACCUGAGGCUUUUGAGAGGUGUGCCAGCAAAGAUCACCUGUGGAACAACGUCAGGAGAGGGGUGCGUCCGGAGCGGCUCCCGGUGUUUGACGAGGAAUGCUGGCAGCUGAUGGAAGCCUGCUGGGACGGGGACUCCUCCCAGCGGCCUCUCCUGGGAAUCGUGCAGCCCAUGCUCCAGGGAAUCAUGGACAGGCUCUGCCGGGCCGCCUCCGAGCAUCCCAACAAAGGCCUGGAUGACUCCACCUGAGCGGGAGCUGCGGCAGGAUUCGGGAAUUGCGGCGGGAUUUUGGCAGUUCCAGCCCCGCCUCUGCCGUGGAGCUGCGAGCCAGCCCCGAGGGGGGACAGGGAGGAGCUCAGGGGGUGACAGCUCCAUCCCAAUCCCUGUUAUCCCUGUGGAAUUGUAUGGGACAGGGGGGUGACAGCUCCAUCCCAAUCCCACCCUGUUAUCCCUAUGGAAUUUUGUGGGACAGGGGGGUGACAGCUCCAUCCCAAUCCCUGUUAUCCCUAUGGAAUUGUAUGGGACAGGGGGGUGACAGCUCCAUCCCAAUCCCUGUUCUCCCUAUGGAAUUGAGGGAUGGAAAACCCAAACCCUUCGGGCUCACGGGGGGGCUUUACCAAACCCACCCCAAACCUUGGGAUGGGAAAAUCCCUUCCCAAAACCCCAGGAGAACCAUCCUGCUCCUCCCUCUGCCGCUGGCAGCAAUUCCAGAGCGCUUGGAGAGGAAGGAAAAGGCACCAAACUUUAGGAUAAGGAAGUGUUGGGAAGCUCCAAGGAGCUGGAAAUGUUUACAUGGACAGGAGCAAAGCUUCCGUGUUUUUUUCUAUGGGGACUUGGAAAACCCCACCUGGAUAAGCUAUUGAUCCCUAAUCCCACCUUUUCCUCCUCUUUUUCCCCUCUCCUUUGCUUCCUUCAAUUUCUUGGAAUGGCUGGAGAAACCUUCCCUUGCUUCCACGCUGCAUUCCUCAGAGGUUCAGCUUUGUAGCAGCACAAAAAGUCCUUCAAAUGAUUGAUUUUUCCAUGGGGGAAAGUGCCAAAAUUCCUUUAAAAUCAGGAUUUGGGGCUUGGAAUUCAUGGGAUUGUCGUGGCAGUUUUACAUUGGGCUGAGUUUGCACAGGAAUAUUUUUAAAAAAUGAGGAUUUUCCAGCUGUUUUUUUCCAAGUUGGAUGGGAAGAAAGAUCCUUCCUUCUUCCCCUCACUUUCACUCCAGGGCUGGAAUUUGUUUGGAAAGAAUAAAAAAAAAAUGGGGAUAGGGGAGAGUGGGAUCCUGGGCAAGGUUCUUUCCCAAAUUCCUGGAAAUCCCAGUUUGCUUCCUGCAUUUUUGGGGUGGAAUUGGGCUGAUCUGGAGCAGGAAACGCCCCUGGGUGGCUCCGUGAGGAACUGAGGAGUUGGGAAUUCUCCCUGGAGUUCCCAGGGAAGGUGGAAUUCCUUGGCUGAAAUUCCAGCUGCCCCUGGCCGAGGAUGGCUUUAGUGGGAAUCUUUUCCUUUCUUUGUGCAAUAAAAUGGAUUCAGGAGCUUUUUAUGGAGGAAAAAAAAAA